AAAAAAUCAAUUUUGUCGCGUUCGUGAUAUAUACAGCUCGGUAUCUUCGUCGUUCUUUUCCUUUGUCUACGCUCUGAUCAUGUAUGAUUGCUUUAAUAGCAGAAGUGCUGCUACGAUUUGGUAUGAUCCUUGACUCUUGAUCUCAUGGGUCAAGAAAAUGGGUAGUCCUAUUUUGUGUGCUCCUUUUUGAUUUUGACGAUAUUUGAGAGAUUAUGUACAGACAGCAUCCUGUAGCUAUUUUUUAUCAUGGGAACGCUCGGGUACUAUGAGGCAUUGAAUGUAACCAGGUCACACAGUGAGCUGGAUCCCAAAACCGCACUCGACACUUUUUCAAAAAAGUGGUGGCUUAACAACUCCUGGUUAAGCACAUUCACUUUUUUUUAUCUUACAAUGCCCAAGUCAAAGAGAUCCACAGUCGUAUCACUCACCCGGACCGAGAAAAAGGGCCAUGAAGGAAAGGAAAAGUUGAUCGAAGAAAUUCACGAAUGCUGUGAUAGAUAUGAUUACAUUUGGGUUUUCUCUGUCAAGGACAUGCGCAACACGUUUUUAAAGGAAGUUCGUAAUGAUUUCAAGACGUCCCGUUUGUUUUACGGCAAAAACCGAGUUAUGGCCAAGGCACUUGGUACUACACCCGAAGAAGAAUAUAAAGAAGGAUUAUCAAAGAUCGCAUCGGAACUCCACAACGAAGUCGGUCUGCUGUUCACAAGCAAGCCAUACGAUGAAGUAGUUAAAUAUUUCAGUGAUUUCACACAGCCUGAUUAUGCACGGUCGGGCGCUAUUGCAACACAGUCGAUCGAGUUACCGGAAGGCCCUGUUCAACGAGGUGCUGAUCCUAUGCCACACAAUAUGGAGACAUUGUUGCGGUCCUUGGGUAUGCCCACGAUGCUCAAAAAUGGCAUUGUUACCCUACCUAUUCCUUACGCUAUCUGCAAGGAGGGUGAAACUCUGUCAACAAACCAAGCACAUCUUCUUAAACUGUUCUACCAUCAACUUGCAGAAUUCCGGGUCCAGUUAAUCGCCUGCUACCACAAUGGAGAGGUUAAAAUGGUGUAGAAAAGAAAGGAGAUAGGCAUCAUUUUUUGAGUUUUACAUCUUGCAUAUUAUUUUUUCCAGUUUUCCACAUAUUUCACACAUCAAUAAUUAAAAAAAAGGGCUCCAAUAUCUAGGAUUUUAAGGGGUGAACGAGGU